AUGGAUGAGCGGAGGAGCACUUCUGUACUACCCGUGGAUCCUGAGGGGGAGCUCUGUGGUGAGCGGGGUGGGGGCCCCACCGACCCGCCUCCAUCCCAAGAAGGCGGAAGACGGGCCGCUUCCUCCGCAGCCGUUGCUCAUGGCGAUGAGAACGCCUCCUCCGCAGCCGUUGCUCAUGGCGAUGAGAAUGCCUCCUCCGCAGCUGACGAUGCGGCUUUUGCAUUUCUUUCCGCUGCCGUGGAGGCAUGUGGGGCUCUAGGGCAUGCGUCUGAGCAGCAGCUCUGGCUGCAGCGCUUGCUGAGGCAUGGCGAUGCAAGUUUCUCGAGCUGCGGCGGUGGCGACGCCAGCCAGCUCCCCGCGACGACAGCCGCUGCCGCCGCUCCAAGGGGAGGCGGCUUGCGCUGCUUGGAUGUGUGGGUUGUCUGGCUGCGGAUGCAGCUAAGCUCCGACAGCUUCUGCGACACUCGAUGUCGCUUGUUCGCAGCCCCCUUAGGCAAGUUGCAGCGGCUGCUUGCCUCGCUGCUGCCGCUUUCUUCGGCUGCAGCCAGCCAAGCCGCCACUGUGCCCUCAACUGCGGAGCAGCAGCCUCUCUUUUUCCCGAAAAAGCCGCUGCCGCUCUUCCUACGCGAGCAGUCGGCUCGCCGUCAAACCCUCUAUGUGGAGGGGCUUGCAGCUGCCGCGCUGCUGCUGCUGCUUUGCGGCAGCAGAGCGACUGCAGCUGCGCUGCUGCUGCAAGCGAGGGAUUUUUUGGCUCAUCCCUCCGGAGGCGGCGAGCACGGCGAUCCUGCGGAAGACGUUGGAUGGGGAAAAACAGCGGCUCGAGAGGCCGCUUUUGCGGUGCUCUUGCUGCAGCGGCUGCUGCGGAGAGGCGGAAGAAACGCCGCCGCCAGCUGCUACGCUGCUCUCCUUUUUCUCGACAUCCAGGGAGCUCUUCUCGAUCCGCGAAGUCUCUCCAGACUCGCAGGCUCCUUCCCGCUGCUGCUGAAGGAGCCUGCAGCUGCAGCAGCAGCUGCUGCAGCGACAGCAGCUGCUGCAGCGACAGCGACGAGUGCUGCGCUGCAGCAGACUCCGCAAACUGCCGCUGCUCUGCUCUCGCGCCUCCUUCUGCAGCCGCUCAUACCUCACGAGACGAAGAACGGAGGUGCGUCUUGGCCGUUGCUCCUGCGGCUGCUGCUGCUUGCGCGUUCUCUUCUCCUGCAGCAGCAGCAGACGCAAGCCGCUGCUGCAGAAUUCGCGUGGGGGGGAGGCUGUGUUGCCACCUCCACCCUUGUGCCUCUUGCGACGCUGCGGGAACGACCCCUCUCGGUGCAAUCGCGUCACAGUAACAGACUCCACAAGAACAACCACAACAACCACCAUCAAAGCUCGUGGCGGCUGAAAAAGCUCAGCAAGGCUUUUAGCAGAACCCUUAGGAGGAGCAGCAGCACGCUGAGAGGCGAGCGGGAGCACACGAGCAGCAGCAGCAACGUGUUUUCGACGCAUCCUCCACAGCAGCACAAGCAUGAGCAGCCUCGCGACGCGCAGCCUUCGCGGCAUGUGUGGAUCAGCAACAGCGAACUUGCAGUGAGUCUACUGCAGGCUGCUUCCUGGUGUCUCUUUGACGCGGAAGUUUUGUCGCCCUCCUGCAGCGGAGGCGCGCAGCAGCUGCAGCUGCAGCAGCAGCAGCAGCAGCACAAGAAGUCUAGAGCGUUGCUGCUGACUGCUCCUCUCGCCGCCCUCCUGCAGCGGCGAGAUGCUCAGGAAGACUUAGUGCGUCUCGCGGAGUACGUGAGUGCUGCGGUUGUCACCGCCGGAGGCGCGACCAAAGAGGCGUGGGAUUCAGAGGCAGAAAGCGCAGCAGCAGUUGGCGGAAGCAGCCUAGGUGUGGUGCUGCAGCUGUUGUGGAUAGCCGACUGCUUGGGGUUGGCGCUGCUGCCGAAUGCAUGCAGCAGCAGGCACCACCGCUGCGCGCUCCCGCCGCAAAAGUGCAUGGCUAGACACAAGACACGCAGGAUAUUGUCGGCAGGCUCGCGGUUUCCAGAGCUGCUGCGGAGGCUGCUGGAAGGCGCCUUGCUCGUGUGUCUGUGCUGCGGAGGAGCAGAUGCAGCAGCAGCCAGGGUGUAUGAACGGCUUGGGCUGCUCUUGCUGCUUCAGGGAGACAGUCGACUCGCUGCGGCGUGCUUCAAGCCGGCGCUAGAGACAGCAGUGGCGCAGAGAAGACCUUUUGUGUCUCCUGACUCACCGAGCUUGAUGGAUGCUGCUGCAGUGCAGCGCAGUUUCACAGCCGUCCCUUUCUCCAGCGGCAGCGGCAGAAGCGGCGGCGGCGCGAGCAGACUUGCUGCAACGUGCUGCUUCUCGUACGCAUUCCUCAAACGGAUGCAGCACCAGCAGCUGCUGCUGCAAGGCAAUCCCGCUUCAGCCAAAUACGAAGCGCUGCUGCUGUUGUGGCAACUGCGCUGCGCUGCUGAAAUCCUCGCAAGGGACCAUGAAGCAGAAGGGGGAACAAAAGAGCAGCAGCAGCAGCAGGAGCAGCAGCAGGAAGAAUAGCAGCAGGAGCAGGAGCGAAAAGAGCAACAACAGCAACAGCAGCAGUACGAGCAGAAGCAGGAGCACUCAAAGCAGCAGCAGAUGCAGCAACGA